UCCAUAAGCACGGAGUACGUACUCCGUAACUCAUUCAUGCCAUGUCAAUCAUCAUGUACCCCAGACCCGAACCCCGAACCCAGCGGAAGCAGAGAUGCAUUACCCACAACUACGUAUCAGACAUAUUAUGCAAUGCAGCAUAUCCUGCAAAUAACCGCAUGGCAUGCUAAAAAAGAAGGAAAGGGAUGGAAUAAGAAAAUACCCCCACUCGCGCUCGGAAUUAUUCCCUUCUGUCCUUCCCCCGCAUUUCUCCUUACUUACUUUCUUACAUCUGACGUCUGCCGUGCAGCUAGCUAGCUAGGUAACUAACUAGCUACCUUAUGCACGGAUGGGAUACUAUAACUAUAUUAUCUUGUAGUAUUAGAGGGGAGAGCGGAG